AUGUCAAACUAUCAGAGAGAUGAGAUCAUCCAGAACCCACACGAGUGUUUCACCUACGGAGUCCAGCAUUAUGGCCAGGUUUUCCGGUACCAUGGCAGUGGAAACAUCCAGUAUAUCGUAUCAAAACAGCUCACCGAACGUGUCCUGACGGAUGACACUACCUUUAGCUUUGAGCUCGGCAUUUCCAAGACUCUUAAGUUGAGCCUGCUGUACUUGCUCCAUGGCGGGAGUUUUCACGCAGAUGUGGAUGCCAUCGCCACCGAAGUGGCAGCCAAGCAUCUAAAAUCACUCAUUCCAAAGAUUUCGCCCGUCUUUCAACGACAUGCCGCAGAAUUGGUCCAGAUCCAUGGAGACAGUCCGUUCGAUCCACUGCCAUAUCUGCAGAAAACAGUCGCCGAAGCCAUGACUAUCAUCAUAUUCGGAAAUGAGCUCGCCUCGACAUUUAACUCCGAUCUCAUCGUUGAUGUAGCCCAAGGAAUGGCCAAGGCAACGGGGAUGUUUCAGAACCAAUCAAGCUGGGGCAAGACGUUUCCAACCUUGUACUCCAUCUACAUGUGGGGUGGGUUCAUCCUAUCCCAGUUAGUCUGGAAGUCUGGAAAAGAAAUCGGAUCGAACAUUUGGGUCGCAUUGUCCCAGUUAUCCCAAAUCCCCAGAGGCAAAGAUGCCGACAACAGACAUAUCACCGUUCUGUCCUUCCUCGCUGGAAAAUUGGCCUCGAAAGACGGCCACAUCUCAACCGUGUCAAAAAUCUGGGCGAUUAUCUUAUGCUGGGCUUUCAUUUUCGCUUCUGUCCACCAAACAGUGGUCAUCAUGACCUACGUCGUUUUCGAACUGGCCCGCCAUCCUGAAUGUCAGGAAUCCAUCCUGAGCGAUCUAUCUCGCUCACUGAAUUGGAGUCCCAGCGGACCUCCCCUGGCUUUGACAGCCGAAACGCUCCGACACGUCGUCUGCGCCGAGUCUUUCAUCCGUGAGGUCCUCCGCAUGAAAGGGGAGACUAUCACCACCGUUCGCAGCCCGCGGAAAGAUUUGCAAUUAGCAGGAUACUUUAUCCCACGUGGUGCCCUCGUCCAUCCGAUGGUCUAUACAUCCAACCGUUCCCCAGAGUACAUCCCCAACCCCGAUACCUUUGACGGGAUGCGCUGGACCAUGGACCGGAAACUGGCGACCACGACGGGACCAGGACAUCUUUCUUUCGGACUGGGGAGAUGGGCAUGUCCGGGACGGUUUUUGGCUGUUGCGGAGAUCAAGAUGGUGGUCUUGACGUUGUUGGCGGAAGCGGAGAUGGAAUUGGUGGAUGGGGAGUUUGCUCUGGUUGAUAAGUUGAAUAUCGUAGGGACGCCACCGAGAGGGAAAAUAAUUUUGAGACGGAGAGUGUAG